AAAAGAUUCUGUGUAAUAGUGUUUCUAUGGUUUUCUUGAUUUCCGGUAAAUCGUUCUGUCCACAAAGCUUGUUGCUCGCAGUUGGUCGGUUUCCGCAACGGAGAGAGUUUGAAACCAACGGAAGAAAAUACGCGCAUAAUAUCCACAUAAUAAUAUCCACAUAAUACUUUUGGAAGAAAAAAAUAAGUAGCUAAACUUGCAGAAGUGUUGUCUUCCAACUCAAAGAAGACCGUUUUUCCUUCUUAGUGGAACUUGUGGGGAUUUUUUUGUUGAAAAAGCUGGAUUAUCGAGACCACUAGUAAACACCCUCCUGGAAUACAAGUGUUUGUGAAGACACGUUGGCUCAUUGAUCUAUUGUGGGGUGUGAUUCAUUCGAAACAAAUUAUUACGAAAAAAUUCAAACAAUUUGUGAAGGAGUUGCAGUAACUAUGGUAACGAGAACAGUUUUUAGGUCCACCAUAGUCUUAGUUUUACUUCUUACUAUAAAAGCACAGCAAGAAUGCCAAAGAGGAGGAUGUUUCCCGGCUACCGGUGAUUUACUUGUUGGACGCGCAAGUAAUUUAUCUGCAUCAUCAACUUGCGGUUUGAAUGGGCGAGAACGGUAUUGUAUUGUUAGUUUCCUCGAUAAGACAGACAAGUGUUUUCAUUGUCAGUCAACACGCGAGGUCGACAACAGAAGGGAUGCAUAUAAAAAUAGUCAUUUACCAAAAUAUAUGAUAACAACCUCACCUCAAGACCGGCUUAAGGGAUGGUGGCAAUCUCAAAAUGGUGUCCAGAACGUCACUAUACAACUAGACUUAGAAGCUGAGUUUAUAUUUACGCAUUUGAUUAUGACGUUUAAAACUUACAGACCAAAGGCAAUGUAUAUUGAGCGCUCGUGGAAUUACGGUGAUGACUGGACAGUGUAUCGAUUUUUCGCUUACGACUGCGCGAAAUCUUUUCCCAACGUGCGUCGUGGACCACAACAAAACAUCGAUGACGUGAUUUGUGAAGAAAGGUAUUCAAGAAUUGAGCCAAGCACAGGGGGAGAGGUCGUAAUGAAAGUGUUGGAUCCAAUCAUUCAACAGAAAGAGGAUCCCUACAGUGUUAAAGUCCAAAAUCUAUUAAAACUGACCAACUUGCGAAUUCGUUUUACUGAAUUUCAUACGUUUGGCGACGACGUUCUAGGAGAUCGACCAGAAAUCAAUCAAAAAUAUUACUAUGCGAUAUACGAGAUGGUUGUUCGUGGGAGUUGUUCAUGUUAUGGACAUGCCGAGCAAUGUAUUGCAGCUGGGGUUACACGAAAUCGUGAUAUGGUGCAUGGCAAGUGUAACUGUACCCAUAACACUUCCGGUCGGAAUUGUGAACACUGUAAAGAUGGUUAUGCUGAUGAACCAUGGAGACCAGCCUACAAAGAUCAACUGAACAUUUGUCGAAAAUGCAAUUGCAAUGGACACACAGAGAAAUGUCAUUUUGAUCCAGCAGUCUACAACGCCACAGGGCGCACCAGUGGCGGAGUGUGUGAUGAUUGUCAACACAACACGACAGGUCGUCAAUGUGAACAGUGCAAACCGUUAUAUUAUCGAGAUCCAUUCAAAAAUAUUUUUGACCCUGAUGUGUGCAAACCUUGUGAUUGCGACCCAUCUGGUUCAACUGGUGGUGGUGAAUGUGAAACAGUCACUGAUCCAGGUGCACGACAAUUAAAUGGACAGAUAGGUACAGUAGCUGGACGUUGUCGUUGUAAAGCGAAUGUAGAGGGUCCACGUUGUGAUCGAUGUAAGGAUGGGUAUUGGAAUAUGUUGGAAUCAAAUCCAGAUGGUUGUCAGUCUUGCAACUGCGAUGGGAGAGGAACCAUUUCGCAACAGAAAUGCAACCAGUUGGAUGGUGAUUGCAGAUGCAAGCGUUACGUAGAAGGUGCUCGAUGUAGCAAAUGUUUGAAAGGAUACUGGAGUCUUGGUUCUGCCCCUGAGGGAUGCCAAGCAUGCGAUUGCGACAUUGGGGGUUCACACAACACCACAUGUGACGAUAUCUCAGGAAAGUGCGAUUGUCGGCCAAAUUUAAUGGGACGAAAAUGUGAUCAAGUCCGACCUGGACAUUAUUUUGCCAACCUCGAUCAUAUCAAGUACGAAGGAGAGAAUGCUAUUCCAGGGAGGGGAGGGACUCCGUUUAAAGUCAUACGCAUAUUCACGAGCGGAGAAGGUUCGACAUUUACUGGUCAGGGAUAUCUCCAAGUUCAAGAGGGAUCUCUCAUUGAUUUCACUAUGAUUCGUGUUCCAUAUUCAGGACGUUAUAAUGUUGUCAUGAGAUACGAUACCUUGUCUUCUGGAGACUGGGAUGACGUUCGGCUGAAAGUGUCGAGAGCCGACGGUGGCAAACUAGCAGGUGCAACGUGUGGAUACAAUGAGCAGACACAAUUUGAUUUGCAAACUGUGUUACGAAAAGAUCAAAAAGCUGUUUUCGUCGAUAAAAAUGUUUGUCUCGAAAAAGGAGUUGUUUACAACGUUCAAAUUGAUUUUAAAUCAAACAAUGGACAUGGCAAUGGACAAACGUUGCUUGAUUCAAUUAUCCUUGUCCCGAAAGUUGAGAACCUCGGUAUGUUUCAAGGAGUCGAAGGUGAUGAAAGAAGAAGCCUUUACAAUAGCUACAAUUGUCGACAAUAUUAUCUUGAAACCAACAGAGCAGACGAAGCACCAGAAGUUUGUAAAAAUCUUCAAUUCUCUAUUUCAUCUAUUAUGAAUAAUGGCGGACUGCCUUGUCAAUGUGAUCCGGUAGGUACAGAAACUUCUGGAUCAAGUGAUAUUUUGACUUGCAAAGCAGCAGGAGGUCAGUGUCCGUGCAAGCCCGGUGUAAUUGGACGCAGAUGUGACCAAUGUGCGGCAGGGAAUUACGGAUUUGAUGCAGACGGAUGUAAAGCAUGCGCUUGUAAUCGCACUGGUUCAACAAGUGAAUUCUGUCACGACACAACUGGACAGUGUCAAUGUUUACCACAACUAGUGGGUAGGAAAUGUGACUCGUGUCCAGUCAAUUAUUAUGACUUUCCAAACUGCAAGCCAUGUCAAUGUAGUGGGCACUCCUCCACAUGUGAUGCGAAAACCGGGGUUUGUACGAAUUGUGACCAUAACACGGCCGGUGAGAAUUGUGAGCAGUGCGCUGAAGGGUACUAUGGUGAUGCCACUAAAGGUACCGAAAAUGAUUGUCAACGCUGUCAAUGUCCAGGCGGUGGUAGUGGAAAUCAGUUCAGUAAUAUCUGUCAUGAAAAGAAAAAUGGAAAAGUCGUCUGCACUAAUUGUACCGAUGAAUAUACUGGUGACCAAUGUGAGAAAUGCGGUGACGGGUACUUUGGUAAUCCGGUUGUAACCGGAGGUAUCUGUAUUAAAUGUGAUUGCAGUGGAAACAUUGAUCCAUUGGCAAACGGGAAAUGUGACGCGACAAUUGGAACUUGUAACGAUUGUGUAAACAACGCAGCCGGUGAUCAUUGUGAAAAAUGCAAGCCCGGUUACUUUGGAAACGCAAAAAAUCAGACAUGUAAAGAGUGCGUAUGCAACAGCCUUGGAACUGAACCGGACUAUGGCGGUAUUUGCAACGAGGUAACCGGUCAAUGUCCUUGUUUACAAAAUGUUAAUGGUUUACAAUGCGACAAAUGUUCACCUGGGUUUUACAAUCUCGCCAGUGGAAAAGGAUGUAUAUCUUGUGAAUGUGACAAAGAAGGUUCACUGGAGGGAAGCUGCAAUCAGUUGGAUGGCCAGUGUAGAUGUCGAGUUGGUUUUGGUGGAAGGUCUUGCUCUGAAUGCGAGGAUAAUAAAUGGGGCAAUCCUAAGAUACCAAAUGGCUGCAACGCAUGUGGCUGCAACCCGGUUGGUUCCACGACUCUUCAAUGUAAUCGCGCAACUGGAGUGUGCGAUUGCAAACAAAAUGUGGUUGGAGAAAAGUGCAACAUGUGCGCCCCACGUACGUCUGACGUGAUGCCGAAAUGUGAAAAUUGUCACGCUUGUAACGACCAAUGGGAAGACAUCGUGAAAACGCUUGAAGAGAAAGUUAAAAACUUGAUAAAAUUACGAGGAAAUUUCACUUUUAAUGCGAGUGAGAUUGCUUUGUAUACCAAAGAAAUUCAAGAACUUAAAACUCAUUUAAAGACCAUCGAGGCGAUGUUUGGGAACAGAUCAGUGGAAGCUGGCGAAGUCGAUGAUAUCAGAAGACGAUUGCAAAAAUUUAGAAACGAGUUGAUGGAUUUGGAUAAAGAAGCUGAUACGUACGUCAAAAUUGUACAAAAUACGGCUAUAAGAAAUAAAAAUGCCAGCGACGAAUUGGAUAAACUAGACAUCCGAGCUGCUAAGUUGAAAAACAACACGCUUGAGUUUAAGACUAAUGUCACAGAGGUCAUUGAAAGUAAUAUUGGUGGAGCGUUGAACAGUACCCGUGAUAGCUUGCGACGUUCGCAAGAAGCUCAAAAGGUCGUCGAUAGCUCUGAACAGAAAAUCAAAGAUUCUAAAAAAUUGAGAAGACAAAUUAAAAAAGAAAUUAUCAUGUCUACACCCUCUUUCGAAGAGUUAGACAACAAUAACAACGAAUUGGUAGACAAUUUAACAUCGCGAGUAAGUGAUCUUGAAUUGAAGUUAAAAGAAUUAAAUGAGUUAUUGUGUGGAGACGCAGGAACAUGUGGUGGUUGCACGGCCGCCGGUUGCGAAACCUGUGGCGCUAGUUCGAACUGUACCGGCAUCAAACAACUUGCUAACAUGGCUUUAGAAAAAGCUGGAGAAGCAAAGUCGACUUUACUUCAAAAGAAAACUAAUGCGGAACAAACGCUACGAGACAUCAAAAUGGCGGAAAUAGCUGUAAAUUUCUCUUUCGACGCUUCAGAAGCGGCCGAAGUAUCUUCAAAUAAAGCAAAAGAAAUUGGAGAAGCUGCAUUGAAGAACAUAACAGCGUUGAUCAAGGAUGUCACCGAUUUUCUCAAUGAAGAAUUCAAACAUCCAAAUGUGUCGAAAAUGUUGGCACAAGAAACGCUUAGUUUAAACAUAUCCUUAACUCCUGCACAAGUGAAAGAUCUAGCCAGACAAAUCAAAGUUGCUGUUAAAAACAUUUCCGGAGUUGAUAAGAUUUUAAACGAAAGUCGAAAAGAUUACGAUACAGCUAUCAAAUUAAAAGAAGAAGCAUUAAGAGCAAAGAAAUUCGCUUUAUUCGUGAUGAACAAAACAAAGAAUGUAUUGGAUAAGCUUGAGGAAGCAAUGGAACUGCAAAACAGCACAACUGAUAAUAUUGCAAUGGCGAGAAAUCAAAUUGAAGAUGUGAACAAAAUUAUAGAACAGAUCAAAGCUAAAUUGAAUAUCAUUGACACAGACCUACUGAAGUCUAGAAAUGAUACUGAUAAUUUGGGAAAAAAACAAGCCAUGAUCUCCGGCAUGUUUGCAGAUAAUCGAAAACGACUUGCCGAAGCUGAAACCGAAGUUGAGAAUGCAGAGAAGUUAGCCAACGAAGUAAAUAGGACAUCGGUUACCGUGGAACACAAGUAUGACCAAACAAAAGACAAACUGAACGAUAAAAUUAAUAUGACCAAAAUUGUUCAAAAGCGCGUUCAACGAUUGGGCGACGAAGCAAUCGAAUUAUUCGCAGCGUCAGCAUUAAAACUAAAGCAACUAAAUGAUUUAAAGAGAAAAUAUACCAAAAACGAAGAAAGAGUUCAAGAUCUACUAGAUCAGAUCAACCGAUUGGAAAUUAAAGGUGCCACCGUACGCAAUCGCCUGCAAGCGUUAUCAGCGUGUCACGGUGACUGCAACGCAGAUAUUGCGCAACCAAUUUGCGUUAGUGUUCUAAAAGAAGUGGAUGAAGAAGGGAAGGUUCGAUUGAAAGAACUCGAAGACGCCAUUAAAAACCGUAAAUCAACUAAAGAUCAAUAAUAAUAGUGGAUUAUAUUUGCGCUUUUGCAGUGAAGUCAUUUCUGUCAGCAAAGUUAUAUUUAUACCCCUAAUGACGUCAUCGUUUUAUCAACUAUACUGCGACUGGCUUAAUUAAUUCGCGCGUGGAAUAAUGACAAUAAUCUGUUCGCCGAAAAUAAAUAUUUUUAGUUUUAUAAGCUAUUUUGCCUGUUUUUAUAUAUGUUAUUUUUAAAAAAAAUUAUUUCAAAAAAGCAA